AUGGUAGCUAAAUUCAUAGUAUUGGUAGCAUGCUUGGCCUUUGCCAAUGCAGGAAACCCACAAUACGAAUUCGGCUAUGACGUCCAAGAUGGCCUUACUGGGGAUUCAAAGAACCAAUUCGAAACCCGCAGUGGUGACUUCGUCCGAGGACAGUACUCUCUCAACGACCCUGAUGGCACCAGACGUAUCGUCGACUACGUAGCUGACCCCAUCAACGGUUUCAAUGCCAACGUACGCAAAGAACCUUUGGUAGCCAAAGCUGUUGUUGCCGCUCCAGCUAUUGCCAAAGUUGCGGCCGCUCCAGUCCUUCCAGCAUUGAGGUCUGCUGCUAUCUUCUCCCAACCAGCUGUUGCUACAACACCCAUUCUGAGAUCAACUCUUGCAAGCGCACCAUUGCUCAACACUUACGCUGCUUCAAAUGUUGUAGGAUCACCUUUAUUGAGGUCCUACGGAUAUGGUUUAGGUUCUUCUUCGCUCUUGGGAGCUAACACUAUCUUAUCUUCAAGAUUGGCAGCACCUUCUCUUGGCUACUCAUCGUUUGCUCCAUCUCUCAGAUACUCAGCUGCAUAUUCUCCAUCCAUAGGAUAUUCUGCUUCCUAUGCUCCAUCUUUGGGAUAUUCUGCUGCAUUUGCUCCAUCCCUAGGAUAUUCCUCUGGCUAUGCUCCUUCUCUGGGAUAUUCAGCUUCCUUUGCUCCAGCUUAUGGAUAUUCUGGAGGUCUUGGAUACUCUGGCUACGGAAAGAUUUCCUCGCCAGCUGUUGGAUAUUCAACUCUUAUUCAUUAAUUUGUUUAAG